CUCCUACGCUUAGGCGAAUGUUGGUGCUGUUGCGUGGGAAGCGCCUGCUGCUGCUGCUGCAGUCUGACCUUCUGUACCGUGCGCUGCCACCGCGUUCUCUUACGGGCGAUUCUGUGUGCGUGCGUGUAAGCGUAUGUCUACUUUCCGGCUCUUUCCGAAGCCUACUACUACUAGUCUGCUGCACGCGGCGGCAAUCGAGGGAUUCACCAGAGCACGCACCGGCCUGGGGACGAAAGCGAAAGAACGCCGCCGCGUGCAAGAUAAACGACUUCUUGCGGCAUUUCCCCGCCCCACCCCUUCAGAUGGAAAAAGAAAUAGUCGGGCGUCACAGUUUGACGAGUCCCCGGCAAAACUAUAUCCGGGCUACGCUACUGGUAUCGGAUGUGGCGCAUUUGGGCGUACCGAGUUGUGCCGUAGGAAAAGGGAAUUUUCGAUAG